AUGGCAGCCCCUGUAAGUGAAUGGCCACCAGCUGCAGGUGAAUGGCCUUCUCAUGUUGAAGAAAUCCUGCAAAUGGCCAAGCGAGCUGUUUCAGAUGUUGGAGUGAGCAUGCGUGUACCCGAGGCCCUGGUGAAUGCCAAAGCAGAAGCACUGGUGAAUAGCAAGGCAGAGGCAUACAUUCCUCAAAUGGUGUCGCUGGGUCCUUACCACCAUUUGUGGUCCAAAGAUAAAUCCCUGCAGCCUUUCCAUCAACGCCCUACCCAUCUUUCACAGCUGGAACUUUACAAGCUCAAGAAAGCAACUGAGACAGACCCUGAGAUAAUCAACUGCUUGUUCACAAAAAUAUCUGAGGCCUCUACGAUAUUUGCGUUUGAGCCAAUUUACCACAUGAAGAUAGAAGAGAAGGACAUUCCAGAGUUUACUUGGAUGAUGGUCAUAGAUGCCUUGUUCCUUUCCAACUCUCUCUCCGCAUUCAUCGGCCACAUUGGAAAGGAAAGCAUAUUGUGUGACAUUGUGAAGCUGGAAAAUCAGAUCCCUCUUUCCCUUCUCACACAACUGGAAGAUGCAUCUAUUAUCAUGUCUCAAAUUGGUAAUCUGUGUAGGACUUGCUUCCAAGUGGGUAAUCCAAAUAUCAAGAUAGAGAAAGAAAAGCAUCUGCUAGACUACAUGCACAAAUAUAUCUCAUCCAUCCUUCAACUCCAACCUGAGAUCGCGGAAGAAGAGCGGACUUGGCAGCAGUGGGUUUUGAGUGGGAUAGACACCAUGGUUGCGGGAGUGUUGGGUGCUAUUAUUCAGCAUCCAGCCAAAAGCGUUCGACAAGAUUUUCUGGACAAAUACAACGCAGAGGAGCUGCGCAAGGGCGGAAUCAAAUUUCGACCAUCUAAGGAGUCGGGUAAGAAUGGAUUUUGUAAGACAUCUGACACGCUUUAUCUUUCUCCGAUUAGAAUUUCAGAGCCGUAUAGUGAAGUGGUGCUGAGGAAUUUGUUGGCAUUGGAGUUCAACGACUACGCCAGUCAGCAGAAAAACGUGUCGCAGUACGUGGAGCUGAUGGACUGCCUCAUCGACACCCCUGAAGAUGUCGCCUUGCUCCGAAAAUGCCACGUCAUUGAUCGGCAGAGCAUGAUGAUCACCGACGACUACGUGGCAAGGACUUGGGACGGCAUGUCGAAGCCUGUGUGUCUUACAGGGUUUCUCGAUACUCCUGGCGGCUUGAAAGCUAAAAUCAAAGAAGCGCUGAUAAAAAAUUACUAUAAAAGCAAGAUUAGGGGUUGGUGGGACGAACUCCGGACGGAUUAUCUGUCAAGUCCAUGGAAAUUGGCGGCUCUAGUGGUAGGAGUUUUUGUGACCGUGUUGACAAUGGUGCAGACAUAUUGCACUGUGAAGGACUGUCAACCAGAGCAUAAUGCAAGGGGCAGAGGCGGACACGACCGUUUCAGCCGCUUCGGGUAG